AUGAUCUUUGCUAGGUACUUGCACCAUGAGGUGACACCCCACAUUAUUCACAGAGACAUAAAGGCUAGCAAUGUGCUUCUGGAUUCAAACUUUGAGCCACUUGUUGCUGAUUUUGGGUUUGCAAAGCUCAUUCCAGAGGGUGUUAGCCACAUGACAACCCGGGUUAAGGGCACUCUGGGAUACCUAGCACCAGAAUAUGCUAUGUGGGGAAAAGUAUCCGAGAGCUGCGAUGUGUACAGUUUUGGUGUUCUUCUCCUUGAGCUUCUCACAGGAAGAAAACCUAUAGAAAAACUCCCUGGAGGCGUUAAGAGGACGAUAACUGAAUGGGCUGAGCCUUUGAUAGUUAAAGGGAAGUUUAGAGACCUUGCUGAUCCAAAGCUUCGAGGAAACUUUGAUGAAAAUCAAUUGAAACAGGGGAUUAAUGUGGCUGCUCUAUGUGUGCAAAGUGAGGUGGAGAAGCGUCCUACAAUGAAAGAAGUUGUUAACCUUCUGAAAGGGUAUGAACCGACAGGAAAAACAACGCAGAUGAAAAUUGAAAGUAUCAAGUAUAAGGAAGAUUUGAUGGCACUUGAUCAAGACAGUGAUGAUGACGGUGGUGGCGUUAGUGGUUAUGAUGAAAGUAGUGCGUAUGGCAUCUUUGGCACUAUUGAUACACCAAAGAUGCAUGAUCCAUAUAAGCGAUUUGGCGAUCAAAAAAUAGAUAAACAUGGAUGA